UCCACCCUCAUCCUCACUACUUCACCCUCAGUUAUGCACGUUUAUCCUUUUACACUUUAACACUUUAACAUAUAAGAAUCCGCGGCGACGGCGAUUUCCGGAUGAUGCCAGUUUAACAAAUUGAAACUGAAAUUCAGAAGCUGCAAUGCGUUCUCAGACCUGCGUGAACAGCCAUAAUGCACAUAAACUAGUUAAAUUUUCUUUCAUGUACAUGAAUUCAGAAAGUUUAAUACGCUGAAAAAUGAUCUCUAAGAUACUAUUUAUGAAUAUUCAUCACGAAAGCAGGUAAUGCAUAAAAACCAUGAUCUAUUAAAGAAAUAUGGUGCAGAAGAUAGACCACCAAUUUGGAUGCUUGCGGCGAUAGACGUACCACCUGUUCAAAAACUUCCUUUUUAUACGCAAAACAGAUCUAAGUUACAAAAUUCAAAUUUAUGUGGAAACAUUUAGCAGCAGUAGUAGCUACGUUAAGUCAGAUAGUAGGAAAAGAUGAUGAUGGCUCACUAACAGCAGAGGGGUAUACAUUACAAUUAAUUGAUAAAACAACAAUAUAUGAAUAAAUGUGAUGGAAAAUGUAUUAAAGCAUGCACAUUUUCUUUAAAAGAAAUUGAAUAUCGAUCAUUAACAUUAGAUAAAUUUGGCAUAUAUUUCGAUUCGACAAAAUGAACUACUGCUCACUCAAUGAGCGUAUUUGAUUUUGAAUUAUGUAUGAUGACAAUAAAUUACUUGAUAGCAAAUUGUUGCUAUUCUGUUGUAAUUCAAUACGUUUCAAAAAAAAGAUACAAAUAAAUCAAAGUACAAAAAAAUAGAAAAUGCAGUUUUAAACAAAAAUUUAUUACAAGAACAAUUACCGCAAUUUUGGUCAACAAUUGGAACAAUAGCUAGUUUACUUGACAUUACAAAACGUUUAUCAGAAUAUUGUGUUUAUGGCUUAGCUGAAUAG